AAUUAAAAACUUAACAACUGUAAUGUAAACUGACACUAUGCUGACACUGUUGUGCCACUAAAAAGGCGCUAAUCACCUAUUAUCGUAUAGUAAAUGGUCAUUAAAACACAUAGUGUUAAACAGAAGAGCAUUGGAUUCCGAAAACUAAAACCAUGACAACAGAAGUGAUGAAAGUAGAGUUAGAAGUGGAGACUUGUUGCAUAUGUGGCGGCGGCGGCGAACUGCUGUCCCCUGAAGAACAUGACGCGGGAGCUCCGCCUAUGCAAGUGCCACUGCGCACCAUGCUCGUGCACCUCAACUCUAGUAAGGUGGUGCCGGAAGGUAGACUGUGUGGUAGUUGUAUCCGACGCACCAUGGAGUCGUACGAGUUCAGCACAGCGCUGUCUGCCCGAGGAGUUCCACCACUUAGCGAGAAGAUUCGAGCGCUGAGGAGGAGGUUGCAUGAGCUGACACAGAAAAUUGAUGUAUUCAUAGUAGUGGGGGGCGCCGGGGCAGGGGGAGCGUACUCUGAGGAGGACAUCAUCAUGGUGGAGCGCGACACUCUGGCCGCCGCCGCCGCGGCUGACGACGAGGACCUGGAGCGAGCUCGCAAUGCACGCGGAGAGUCUGUGUAUCAGUGCUCCGUGUGCCCAUUGUCAUUUCAGCGAGUGGCGGAGUACCGCGCGCACUGCGCCGAGCACAGCGGCGCGCCGCACUCGUGCUGGACGUGCGGCGCGCAGCUCCCGUCCCGCGCCGCGCUGCGGGCGCACGGCGCCGCCUGCAGCCCGGCCGCCGCCGCCGCCGCCGCGCCCGCCGCCUGCCCCGCCUGCGGCCUGCGCCUGGCGGACCGCGCGGCGCUGGCGGCGCACGCGGCGGCGCGACACGGGCGCGGCGCGCGGCCGCCGCACGUGUGCGCGGUGUGCUUCCGCACGCUGGAGUCGGGCGAGCUGCUGGCGGCGCACGUGGUGCGGCACCGCGCCGCGAAGCACUUCGUGUGCGGGUACGACGGCUGCAUCCUGCGCUUCGGCUCGCGCGCCAACCUCAUGGCGCACAUCCGCAAGUGCCACACGGCCGACCUGCCGGCGCCGCCAGACGACGCGGCGCGGGACCCGGCCGCGCCCUCCACCGCCUGCGAGCACUGCGGACGCACGUUCGGAUCAGUAGCAGCUAUGAAGCGCCACGCGCGCGUGCACCGGCCCGCAGUACAACAACGCGAGCGUGUACAGGAGGAGGGCGAGGAGUGGGCGGAGGGUGAGGACAUGGAGGGCGAGGUGGAGUACUUGGAGGUAGAUGAACUGGAAGACUUGCAGUAUCGGGACACUGACCACUACGACCACAAGCCAGACCUCGAAGAAAUGCAAUAAUACACUCCUUCAUUACUAUUUUAUUUACUCUAAAUGUUUUAUAACCAAUGACUGAAACAUUUAUGGGCGAUGGAAAUUGAGUGAUCAAUGGAACAACAUAAUAGAGUUAAAUGUUUGUAGAUUGUAAGACUGGCACAAGCAUAUUUUAUUUAGUUAAGCAAAUUAUCCAUAUGUCUAUGUUUAGAAAUAUAAACAGUAGAUGCUAUUAGUUAAUUUGACAAAAACAUUUCUACUUAUUUUAUAAUUGUAGGUUAUCUAUUGGCCCAUAGUAAGCCCAACCCCUAUUGCAUAGGAUUUGUAAUAUGAUUACGAGAAGUAGGUCUAACAAAUGUUUGAUCUAGUUAUCCCUAUGAAAUAAAGGUGUGGUAAUUUAUGUUCAA